AAUAAUUAUUUAACAUUUUGGGAAUACAUGUAAACUGCUUAUUGCACAUGUGACUUUCAUAAAAACUAUCCUAAAUUUUGCAUAAUUACUUACCGUUUUCAGAACACAGAUUAAAUAGAAUAUGGAGUAUGCUUUAAGCUUUCCAAAGAAUAGGAUAUAAAAAUAUGAAAACUUCUAAAUUUUUCCAGAAAAAACCUGGUACUAUGCAGUUUUAAUAUGUUUUCAUUUAAAAUAAAUAUACUGUCACACUGUUGAUUUAAUUUUACACUACGUUUCAUUCAUAAUAUCUAUAUUUUACAAUGAUUCAAAUAACAACUCAAAAUAGAUUAGUUCAUCUCGGAAGAUUAAAUAUUACAUUGCUUUCACCCGUUCUACGACUUCUCUCAACUUAUAAAACUUUAAACAAUUCUUCUAUUGCCGAACCAGUUAAACUCGCUUAUGCCUCUUAUGAAUCAAUGAAAGAAAAUCUAAAUCUUACAAUUAAUCCUAUUGUAAUAAUGCAUGGUUUAUUUGGAUCAAAAAAUAAUUGGAAUUCUUUAUCCAAAGCGAUUCAUCAAAAGAGUCAACGUAAUUGCAGUAGAUGCAAGAAAUCAUGGAGAUUCGCCUCAUUCAUCAAAAAUGUCUUAUAAACAUAUGGCACAAGAUAUCGUGCAAUUAUUAAGUGAUUUAGAAAUAAAAAAAGCUAUUGUAAUAGGACAUAGUAUGGGAGGAUCCGCUAUGAUGUAUUUGGCACUACAUUAUCCACAGUUAAUAGAAAAACUGGUGGUAGUUGAUAUGUCUCCUGCAAGAGCUAGUCCUAAUCUAACAGAAAUGGUGAAAAUUUUUAAAGUCAUGAACUCUAUUAUAUUAGAUGGAAUUCCAUCCUUGUCAAAAGCACGUAAAACGGCAGAAGAACAACUCGCGGAAGUUGUCAAACCAUUACCGUUACGACAAGUAUUUAGAUCAUGUCAUAUUUUGUACCACGGAUAUAUAUAUAUAUAUAUAAAGGCAGAACCUGGAAAAUAUAAAUGGCGUGUCAAUUUACCGGUAUUGGAGCAAAACUUCUCUACUGAAAUUGCAAUAUUCCCUAAUGUAGGAGGAAAAGUUUAUACGGGUCCAACAUUGUUCAUAGGUGGUUCAAAUAGUGAUUACAUAAGAAUCGAAGAUCAUCCUGCUAUUAGGAAAUUAUUUACACGUGCUGAAUUUCUUUAUAUUGCUGGUGCCGAUCAUUGGGUACAUGCAGAUAAGCCAGCAGAAUUUAUCAACAUUGUCACCAAUUUUAUUAAUCAAAGUCAUUCGUGAUAGAUAAUGGGUGAAAAAUAGUAAAAAUAUAACACAGUAUAAACAAAGUGUGAAUCUUAUGUCAG